AUGAUCGGAUGUGAGCUCAACGGCCGCGAGCUUCUCCACAAUGACCCGGACAUCCUCCAGAUCUCACCCUUCCCGUUUGAGAGCCACAGAAAGUCGCGAGACUCAUGUGUCAAAUUCGCAGACAUGUAUAAUCUUGGAGGAGCGAAAACACAUCAUCUGGCAUCGGUGGAUGCGAUGAGAGGAUGGCCAAUGAAGAUUGAGGUCAUUCUCGGCAGUCCUAUUCGUACCGCGCACAAAUUCGGAGUCGCGACCCCAACGCUGGUGGUUUUGUAUAACCUAUUGAAGGCCAAGUAG